CACACGCAGUCAGUGUCCUGCCUGGCAGUUGCAUGUCUUCUCUAUGAUAGCCUCUCUCACUCUGCCUGCUUUCCUUCGCCUUAUCCAUCUAUUAUGAGGGCUAUCGAGCUGCCGCCGCUGCGCUCGCCGUCUGAAGAAGCAGCGAGGGCAGAACACAAUGCGCAGACACUCGCACACGAAAAUGCAAAUAUCGCGGGCUAUGACGAGAGCCCGGCGAUCCAACAAGUCGAGAGCGAUGCUCCAGAGACUAAAGGAGCCCCGCAGGCUUCUUUCAAGAAUUACUUUCGUGUCUUUUCAUAUGGGACAAAGCUUGACUACUUUUUAGUUUCGCUAUGUUGCUUUACGUCUAUCGGAGCAGGUACUGCGAUGCCGCUGAUGAACAUUGUCUUUGGCAAGCUCGUAGGAAAUUUUACAGACUACUUCAUCCCAGGAUCAAAUGUCACCCGACAAGAAUUCGAGGCAGAGAUUAACAAACUAGCCCUCUAUAUCUUCUACCUCUUCAUAGGCAAGUUUGCCAUGUCGUACAUUUCCAUGCUCGCAAUUCGGAUCAGCGGUAUGAGAAUGUCGGCUGCGCUUCGCCUGGCAUACCUGCGCGCACUCUUCGCCCAGCCAGUGAGCGUUAUCGACACCGUCAGUCCCGGCAAGGUUGCCAAUCGCAUCACGACGUCAUCGAAUAUCGUCCAGCUUGCCAUCUCGCAGCAUUUUGCAACCCUGUUCCAGUCUCUUGCCUUCACCAUCGGACUAUACGUGGUGGCGUUCGUAAAAGGGUGGAAGUUGACGCUGAUCGCCUCGACGGGUCUCCCUUUCAUCCUGAUCGUAUACGGCGCCAUGUUCCCGCCCUUUCUCCGGAUCCACCAGAUCACCGACAAGUUCCACGAGGAAGCAUCGGCUAUGGCGUAUGAAAUGUUCUCCUCCAUUAGGAUGAUUGUCGCCUUUGGCACCGAGUCGAGACUUGCUAAGCAGCACGGAGUCAUGCUCUCCAAAGCUGCAAGGAAUGAGAAAAGAGCUGCGCCGUUAAUGGGCUUGACCAUGUCUCCGACCAUGGUGGCCAUGUACGGUAUCUUCGGUAUCACCUUCUGGUUCGGAAUCAAGGAAUAUACAAAAGGGAGAAUCUCAAGCGUCGGCGACAUCACCGUCGUGCUCUUCUCAGUCAUGAUGGCCGUAAUGAAUAUUGGGCGAGUCGCGUCUCCGAUUAUUUCCAUCGCAAAAGCCGCGGCUGCUGCGACCGAGCUCUUUGUCACAAUCGAUGCUUCGUUCCCCGAUACAUCUGGUGUCAAGGAGCCCGAGGUUACAGGUAAUGCUGAUAUCACUUUCACCAAUGUCGCCUUUUCGUACCCGAGCCGGCCGGGCGUCCCAAUUCUUGAGGGACUUGAUCUGACAAUUACUGCUGGCAAAGUCACUGCCAUUGUAGGUCCAUCGGGGUCCGGAAAAAGCACGAUUGUUGGCCUUAUCCAGCGAUGGUACGACCUUCUCGGCACAACAGCUACUGCUAAGAAAAUCGACGAGACAGAGAUUCCUUCAUCAUCUACUAUGGCCUCCAGCCCAAUAGAAGCAGUCUAUGACAAUACAGACAAGAAAUCCAAAAAGGGGAAGGCCGGGGAAGAAGAAGAAGGACCAGAACAAGAUCUCGGGCCAAAUACGUGCACUGGCUCGUUGAGUGUUGGCAGAACAAAUCUUCGUAAUGUGGAUGUGAGAUGGUGGCGUUCGCAAAUCGGCAUGGUCCAGCAGGAGCCUUUCUUGUUCAAUGAUACAAUAUACAACAAUAUUGUGUUUGGACUCUGCGGAACCCGUUAUGAAGGACUGUCCAAAGACGAAAAGAAAAUUAUGGUCGAUGAGGCGUGUCGCGAGGCGUGCGCGGAGGAGUUCAUCUCGCGGCUCCCACAAGGGUUGGACACGCUUGUGGGCGAGAGCGGCAUCAAACUUUCUGGUGGCCAGCGUCAGCGUAUCGCCAUUGCCAGGAGUAUUAUCAAACGACCGCCGAUUCUCAUUCUAGACGAGGCAACGAGUGCCAUCGAUGUCAGAACGGAGCGAAUUGUUCAGGAAGCGCUUGAUCGUGUUUCUAAGAACCGUACCACGAUUGUCAUCGCACAUCGCCUAUCCACAAUCAAACGGGCGGACAGCAUAGUCGUCUUACGGCAGGGCCAGCUGGUCGAGCAAGGCACGCACGAAGAGCUGCUGAAAAAUGGAGAUGGGGUCUAUUACGACUUAGUUCAUGCCCAAGAGCUGGAAAUGGACGCUGAAGACGACGAUGCCCACAGCUCAAGCUUAAAGAACAUCAAAAUGAACGACACUAAGGAGGAUAUUGCUAGUAGCGGAUUCGAGGGACACGCUUCUAAAGAAGAUCCAACAUAUCAAAAUGUAGGUCUACUUCGCAGUCUCGGUCGACUUGUUGUAGAGCAACGUCACCAUUGGAUCCUCUACAGCGUUUGCUGCAUAGGCAUACUCGGAGCCGGCGCAGUCUACCCACUCCAAGCGUACAUUUUCGCAAGGAUUAUUAACGUCUUCACACUUACAGGUCCCGAGCUCGUCAAACAAGGCAACUUCUGGGCAGGCAUGUUCGGCGUACUUGCAGGUGGGGUUGGACUGUCGUACUAUCUGCUUGGUGCUGCCUCACAUCUAAUUUCUGUCGAAUUAACACGCACGUAUCGAUCAGAAUACCUCAGCAACAUGAUCCGGAAACCAAUCCUCUUUUUUGACGAUAAAGUUCACAGCCCAGGCGCCCUUACGUCAAGACUGAGCUCGGACAGUCAACAGGUCCAGCAGUUGUUGUCGAUGGAGAUGAGCAUGGCGCUCAUUGCCUGCACCAACCUUCUCGGAUGUACAAUUAUCGCCUUCGUUUACGGCUGGAAGCUUUCCCUUGUUGGUUUAUUUGCUGCCUUGCCUCUCAUUCUUGGUGCCGGACUCGUGCGCACGCGUCUCGAGAUACAACUCGAGGCCGAGAACGCAAAAGUUUUCGAGGACAGCAGCCAGUUUGCCACAGAAGCGGUGGCGGGUUUCCGCACUGUGCUAAGUCUGCUCAUGGAGCCGAUGAUUAGAAGCCGCUACGACAAGUUGCUCAAGGGCCACGUUGUGGAAGCUUUCGCCAAGGCAAAAUAUGGUACCAUUAUUUUCGCUGCAAGUGACAGUCUUGAGCUUGCAUGUAUGUCUCUGACCUUCUGGUACGGCGGAAAACUCCUUGCGUCUCGUGAAUAUGAUCUCAUUCAGUUCUUCAUUAUCUACAUGGCCAUCAUUCAAGGCGCUACGGCAGCAGGAAUCUGGUUCUCUUUUACUCCAAGCAUGGCUCAAGCAACAGGCGCUGCAAACCGAAUCCUUAGCAUGCGGCCAACAUCGACGGAUCCAUCAUCUUACUCGCCUCUUCCACGCUCAGAUGAGGGAGUGGGCAUUGAAUUUCAACACGUCUCCUUCAAGUACCAGUCCCGAGACGUGCCCGUUCUUUCCAACCUCAACCUGCAAAUCCUACCGGGUCAGAUUGCUGCGUUAGUAGGCAGCAGUGGCUGUGGUAAAUCAACAACCCUGUCUCUUCUCGAACGCUUCUACGAUGCGAGUUCGGGCCAUAUUCUAUACAACGGGCAAGACAUCACCACGUUCGACCCGGCAGAGCACCGGAAACAAAUGAGCCUGGUGAGCCAAGAGCCCACGCUCUACCAGGGCAGCAUUCGAGAAAACAUCUCUCUGAGUGUAGAGUCUGCAUCCGACGACGACAUCAAACAGGCCUGCCGUGAUGCGCAAAUCCAUGACUUCAUCACCUCGCUUCCAGAAGGCUACGAGACGCGCUUGGGACCGAAAGGAAUGUUCCUCUCAGGUGGUCAGAAACAGCGAAUCUCUCUUGCCAGGGCGCUGUUGCGCAAACCAAAAAUCCUGCUCCUCGAUGAAGCAACCAGCUCGCUAGAUUCGGAGAGCGAGAAAUACGUCCAGGAAGCUAUCGAGCGAGCUGCAAGCGAGGGUGACCGAACCGUCAUAAUUGUUGCGCAUAGGCUGGCUACAAUUCAGAAGGCGGAUAUUAUCUUUGUGCUGGGCAGUGGAAAGGUGCUGGAGAAGGGGGAUCAUCAGACACUGCUCCGGAAAAAGGGCGUGUACUGGCAGAUGUGUCAAGCCCAGGCCCUCGAUCGCUGAAAACGCCCUUUUUUUCUUGCUGUCCCUAGAUCCCUUCUCUGUAUCAUGUAGAGUUAGAUUUCCCUCGGUUCGGGAUCAAAUACUACUUCCUAUCCUGUUGCUCACUUAGGCCAGCAAUAUUGGGGUACGCAGAAACUCAAGUCAUGAUCAUGUAGUAUACUGUAUGUAAAACGCACAGCGGGGUUCAACGGCGCCUUGUUGGUUUCAAAACACUUUUACAGCAUGUAACUAAUGAUACUAUCAGUAGCGUUUCAAACGGU